CACUCGCGAGGGUGGAUUUCUCACGCCAUUGUACAUCCCCACCUACCUUGCCUUAUUGAGCUGUGUGUGUGUUUUAGUGAAAUUAAGUGAGAGAUACAGGCCGACCAGUGCAGCUUUUUAAAGAAAAUCACUUUAUUAAAGAGGCAGAUCGUUUUAAUCAGAGAGUUUUAGCGCACGCGGCCACCAUGGCUACAGAUUCCUGGGCUCGUGCUGUGGAUGAGCAAGAGGCUGCGGCAGACUCGAUCAGCAACCUGCAACUCACAGAGAAGGAGGACAAGGUCAAGCCAGAGGAAAAUGGUACGGUUCCUGUUCCAGUCCAGAAGGCUGAUGGGGAGGGAGGAGACGCACCAGCACCUGCACCAGCAAAAACAGAAGAGGAGGACAAGGAGGACAAGGCAGCCCAGUCGUUACUCAACAAGUUGAUCCGGAACAACUUGGUCAACACAAACAACCAAGUGGAGGUUUUACAGCGAGAUCCCAACUCUCCACUCUACUCCGUCAAAUCAUUUGAGGAGCUACGGCUUAAGCCUCAGCUCCUGCAGGGUGUGUAUGCGAUGGGCUUCAACAGACCUUCCAAGAUCCAGGAGAACGCCCUGCCCAUGAUGCUGGCAGAACCCCCUCAGAACCUGAUCGCCCAAUCACAGUCCGGCACGGGGAAGACGGCCGCCUUCGUAUUGGCCAUGCUGAGUAGAGUCGACCCGGCCAACCGGUGGCCCCAGUGCCUGUGUGUGUCCCCUACCUACGAGCUGGCUCUGCAGACGGGGAAGGUGAUUGAGCAGAUGGGAAAGCAUUAUCCAGAAGUCAAGCUGAUCUACGGUAUCCGCGGAAACAAGCUGGAUCGCGGUAUGAAGAUUCAGGAGCAGAUCGUGAUCGGGACGCCGGGGACGGUGCUGGACUGGUGUCUGAAAUUCAAGUUCAUCGACCCAAAAAAGAUCAAAGUCUUCGUACUGGACGAAGCCGACGUCAUGAUCGCCACCCAAGGACACCAAGACCAGAGCAUCCGCAUACAGAGAAUGCUUCCAAAGAACUGCCAGAUGCUUCUCUUCUCCGCUACGUUUGAGGAGUCGGUUUGGAACUUCGCCAAGCGCAUCGUUCCGGAUCCGAACAUCAUCAAGCUGAAGAGAGAAGAGGAGACGCUGGACACCAUUAAACAGUACUACGUCAACUGCUGCAGCAAGGAGGAGAAGUUCCAGGCCCUCUGCAACAUCUACGGAGCCAUCACGAUCGCACAAGCCAUGAUCUUCUGCCAUACGCGUAAGACGGCCGGGUGGCUGGCAGGUGAGCUGUCUCGAGAGGGCCACCAGGUGGCGCUGCUGAGCGGUGAGAUGGUGGUGGAGCAGCGAGCCGCCGUCAUCGAGAGGUUUAGAGACGGCAAGGAGAAGGUCCUCGUCACCACCAACGUCUGCGCCAGAGGUAUCGACGUGGAGCAGGUGUCGGUGGUGAUCAACUUUGAUUUGCCGGUGGACAAAGACGGUAACCCGGACAACGAGACGUACCUGCACCGGAUUGGCCGGACGGGUCGCUUUGGCAAGAGGGGAUUGGCCAUCAACAUGGUGGACAGCAAAGGCAGCAUGAACAUUCUCAACCGCAUUCAGGAACACUUCAAGAAGAAGAUUGAGAAGCUGGACACUGAUGAUCUUGACGAGAUUGAGAAGAUCGCCAACUGAGCACCGCCAGCA